CAACCUCUGCCCAGAAGGGUUUCUCUUUAGCACAUCCUCGUAGCUGCAAGUCUCGGCGAAGCGCAGGUUGACGUGUAACUAAAGGCUGAGGAAGUGCUGGUGAAGCACCACGUCUCCAGGCGGUUGCUUUGGUGCAGGACUGCGGUGUGUUUGAAAGCGGAAAGGGCCAGCAAAAGUGGAACACGUCGUUUAUGUGCUUCCAAGGACUCAAAUGGAUCUUGAAAAAUAAUGAUUUGAUGACCACACCAGGAUAAAAGAUGAAGAAGAGUUUAGAGAAUGGCUUCAUGUCAGAGGCAUCCAUUCGUUUGCUUCUUUUAAUUGUGUUCCUUGUGACAGAACAGCUGCCUCCAUUUAAUCGUGAGAUUCAGCCUGAGGAGAUGUGGCUGUAUAAGUACCACCACGUGGAGCAUGACCACGUUCCCACCUCACUAAUGUUUUCCAUUGCCUGUUUCACUCCACUGGUGGUCAUCAUGCUGUUUGCAUUGCUGAAGAGGGUGGAGAAGGGUGACACCAGAGAGGCCUUUUUAGCGGUGACACUGACCUUGGUUCUGAAUGGGGUCUUCACCAACGCAAUCAAGCUGAUCGUGGGCAGACCUAGGCCGGAUUUCUUCUACCGCUGUUUCCCGGAUGGGCAGUUUAACCUUGAGAUGCACUGCAGUGGCGACCCCGAGGUGGUGAUGGAGGGGCGGAAGAGUUUCCCCAGCGGACAUUCCUCCUUUGCCUUCGCUGGCCUGGGCUUCACAGCGUUGUACCUGGCAGGCAAACUGCACUGCUUCAGCCCAGCAGGACAGGGCAAGGCCUGGAGACUGUGUGCCUUCCUCACACCCCUCCUCUUUGCGAUCAUGAUUGCACUGUCUAGGACCUGCGACUACAAACACCACUGGCAAGGUGAAGGCCCAAACCAGCCCCUUCCCCGACAUUUAGAUGUGCUGGUGGGGUCUCUUCUUGGCCUGGUCUUCUCGUACCUGUGCUACAGGCAGUACUACCCGGCGCUGGGCGACCCAGACAGUCACAGACCACUGAGGAACAGAGAACCCAUCCCAGCUGCCCAGGAGCGCAAGCAGGCCAACUCCAGCUUCAUUCUGCCUUUAUAGGGACCCAGCUUACGUCUCGCAGGCCUGUUGGGGGUUGAAGAGAUACCUCCUGACCGUGUCAGGUACUAGGGCCAGCUCCUCUAGUUCUGCACCACCAGUGUGUUUGCAUCCUGUUGCUGGCGGUGAUUUCUAAUUGUGCACAAACACAGUCGUACAUCUUUUUUCUUCUACUGACAAGGUAAUGGAUGUUUCCAAGGGGUUGAAGGUGCUGAGCAUUUCACAGCUCUGUGCAGAGAAUUUUGCCUGUGAACACCUUGAAUCUGCUAGAAUGCACAAGGGGGCCUCCCUUGACCUUCCGCAAAUGAUUUGUAUUCCCAUAGUUUAGAACUGUAUACUUAAUAGUUGUUGCACAGUGUCCAGAAACCAGCGGCACUGGAUUUCUUCAAGUGUGAACAGGAUGAUUAGAGUAAAUUGUGUGAUAUCAUUACCAUAUUACCUACCGAGUGUAUCACCUCAUUAUGUGACCUUAUAACCUGCUUUUCAGCAGCAUGUUUUAUAUGUUGAAGAACUGUGAAGUAUGGAUAAACCAUCGAUGUGUGAAAAAUGUGACCAAUUUAAGAGAAGCAGAGAAGGGGGAUCUGAUGGUUAUAGGGUUUUACUGGCUGUACCAAUGAAACAAGCAAAGCGUUUACAUGGUGCCUUUGUGCAAUAGUUCAUUUGCAACAUUCUGCAUUACAUGCAAGUCUAGAGUAAAUGGGUAGAGAUUCUCAGAUGAACACACCCUAUGUGUUCCCUAAAUAGAUAGAAUAGACUAGAAUAAUUGAUGCUUUGUGCUUACUUGGACCUUUCACAACAUGGUGUAGUACAAUGCAAGAAUACCUCACUCAUGUACAUGUACUUCAUGGACUUUCUUCCUCUACCUUCUUAGACGAUCUUUUUAAUUAUUUGAUGUAUGUGAUAUUGGGCAUUUUAUACAAUUUAUUUCAGUUGUGUUUUUAUUUGCUAUUUGUGGGGGUACAGGGUACACAUUGAUAUCAAAGAAAAAACACUUCUGCUAUAGUAGGGUAUUAUAAACUAAUAAUUGCUGUUUGCUGUAUGAGGUUUUAAUGUUUUUUUUCCCAAAGUCUGCCAUGUGACCCUAAUGUGUAUGUUGUUGGUUAGAGAAGCGUUACAACAUCAUGUUUAGCCCUUUGAUGAACUGAUGAACUUUAAUUUAACGGAUUGAUGAUCUAAAUGAAAUCAUUAUGUACUGUAGAUGUUGCUUUGUAAAGGUGCCAUUAAAGUACCAGGUUAGGAAGAAGGAAAUGGUGAUGAUGACCUUGAAUGGGACAAAGACACCAAGAGUAACUUGUCCAUAUCUUUAAGACCAUGUGGAUAUUAUAUACAUAUUAGUGUAGAUUUAUUUUUACUUUGACGGUAAUGCAGUUGCUCAUAAGCUUGUUAGAUGCAGAAUUUUAACUAGAUUAGCAUUUAAUUUUGCAAAAGUUCAUGUGAAGUAUAGGCAAGUGGCCAUAUGAUGAAAUGGCUUCCUUUCACACCGAUAAUUCAACACUAAUAUAUAAAUAA